AAGCGGACCACAAAAUUAGUGAAUGUAAAAAAAAGGUUAAUUUGAUUAUUGUACACAUUAAGGCCUAAUUACUUUGUACAUAUAUAUUUGUUUUUGAAUUUUGUUUAUUUUGAGUUUUCUGAACUACUUGGACUUGGAAUUGACAAAGACAGGUUCUUGUCAAAGUGUACGCAGCAGGGAUAAACCCCGUAGAUGUAUUUAUUAGGGAAGGUGCGUUCAUGUCGCUUCCAGCUUUGCCGUUAAUUUUAGGAAAAGAAGUCUCCGGUAUAAUCGAAGCAGUCGGCCCUGACGUAUCAAAAUUCAAGGAAGGUGAUCACGUGACGUGUUGUCUCCCCGGAAACGGUGGCUAUGCUGAUUAUGUAACAUGUGAACAAAAUAGGCUUAUUUCCAUUCCUUCGAACAUCAGCUACGUUCAGAGCAGUUGUCUAUACGUUUCAUAUUUCGCUGCAAUACGGGCAUUAAUAACAAAAUGCAAAAUAAAAAAGGGAGAGCUGUUGCUUGUACAUGGAGCUAGCGGAGGUGUUGGAACUGCUGCAGUACAAAUUGCCAAAUCAAGAGGGUUGACAGUUAUUGGAACAGCAGGAUCAAAACUAGGAGAAGAAAUUGUUAAAAAAGCUGGAGCAGAUCUUGUCUUCAAUCAUAAAAAGGAAGGAUAUCUAGCUGAUGUUUACACAGCUUCAGGCUCGAAAGGAUUCGAUGUAAUACUUGAAAAUUGCGCUGACACAAAUUUAGGCGAGGAUCUCAUAAUGCUUUCUAAGUCUGGAAGAAUUGCUAUCGUAGGCACUAGGGGGUCGAUGAAAAACAAAAUAUGCCGUCCGAAGAAAGUGGAAAUCAAUCCGAGGUCAUUGAUGUUUACGGAAGGAUCGAUAUAUGCAGCAAACUUGAUGAAAGUGACGCCCGAGGAAUUCGAUGAAUAUUCGAAUAUAAUUGUUUCCGGAAUAAAGGAAAAUUGGUUGAACCCAAUCGUAGGGCGUGAGUUCAAAUUUGCUCAAGCGCCCGAAGCUCACAGGAGGAUAAGGGAAGUUCCUGCAGCAGGGAAAUUAGUUUUCAAUGUUGAAUUGUGAACAAAUUCUUACCUUUGUACAUACAAAUUUUUACGGCCGAAUUAAAUAUAUACCUGAAACAACAGACACAAUAAAAUAAAUACAACUGUAGUAUUUAAUAUAGAUAUAUGUAUAAAUAUUUGA